GUGGCACGGUCAGAAAGGUACAGCGCGCGGAUCGCUCCAUCUCUCCAUCCCAUGCUAAGGCUCGCGGAUGAAACACCGGUCACCUUCAGAACAGCAUCACGGGAAAAGGGCCCGUGCUCCCGGCGAGGGUCCCUCCACCUCAUCGGCUGAAGGAAUGGAGGACAAAGCGUCGUCGAAUCCGCGGGAACUGACCCAGAACCCUUUGAAGAAGAUAUGGAUGCCGUGUAAAAACGGUCUCCCCGAAAAACACAUUUCUCAAAGAAAGGUAUGUAUGACCAACUGUCCCACCCUGAUUGUGACUGUGGGCCUUCCUGCCAGGGGGAAGACCUAUAUCUCCAAGAAGCUAACCCGUUAUCUCAACUGGAUUGGGGUACCCACCAGAGAGUUCAAUGUUGGCCAGUAUAGGAGGGAAUUUGUGAAGAUCUACAAGUCAUUUGAGUUCUUUCGUCCGGACAAUGAAGAAGGCUUAAAGAUCAGGCGACAGUGUGCAUCAGCUGCACUGAACGAUGUGCGACAGUACCUCACAGAAGGUGGACAAGUUGCUGUUUUUGAUGCAACAAACACCACCAGGGAAAGAAGAGAAACCAUCAUCCAGUUUGCAGAACAAAAUGGCUUUAAGGUGUUCUUUGUAGAAUCUGUGUGUGAAGACCCUGACGUCAUACAGGAGAACAUAGUGCAAGUGAAGUUGGGGAGCCCAGAUUACACUAACUGUAACACAGAGGAGGCAGUGGAAGACUUCAUGAAGAGGAUCAAAUGUUAUGAAAACUCAUAUGAAACCCUGGAUGAAGUUCUGGACAGAGAUCUGUCCUACAUUAAAAUCAUGGACGUGGGUCAGCGUUUCCUGGUAAACCGCGUGUUGGACCACAUCCAGAGCCGGAUUGUCUACUACCUCAUGAACAUACACAUCACGCCUCGCUCCAUCUACCUGUGUCGCCAUGGCGAGAGUGAGCUCAAUGUCAAGGGUUGCAUCGGAGGAGACUCCGGCCUCACACCUCGGGGCAAAGAUUUUGCAAAGAAGCUGAGCCAGUUCAUCCAGGCACAGGGCAUCAGCGACCUGAAGGUGUGGACCAGCCAGAUGAAGAGGACUAUUCAGACGGCCGAGGCCCUCAGUGUACCGUAUGAGCAGUGGAAGGUCCUGAAUGAAAUUGAUGCAGGUGUGUGUGAAGAGAUGAUGUAUGAGGAGAUUCAAGAUCACUAUCCUGUGGAGUUUGCUCUGAGGGACCAGGAUAAAUACCGCUAUCGCUACCCUAAAGGAGAGUCCUAUGAGGAUCUGGUGCAGCGGUUAGAGCCUGUCAUCAUGGAGUUGGAGAGGCAGGAGAACGUGCUGGUCAUCUGUCACCAGGCUGUCAUGCGCUGCCUGUUGGCCUACUUCCUGGACAAGACAGCAGAGGAGCUGCCAUACCUGAAGUGCCCCCUGCACACUGUGCUGAAGCUAACGCCAGUGGCCUACGGCUGUAAAGUGGAGUCCAUCAGCCUAAAUGUGGACGCAGUCAACACACAUCGAGAAAGACCAGAGAAUGUGAACGUCCAUCGUACGACAGAAGACGCCCUGCAGACUGUCCCUGCUCACCUCUGACAGGCCGCCGUCGCCUGGUCGCACUGAAGUUACACCACUGGUUCAGGUGUUUGUCCAUUUAUCUCCACUCUGUAUCACCUCCACACAGUCUGGGUUUUUGUGCCUCCUCCUCCUCCACCACCAUCAUCACCUCCGUUCCAAAUCUCUGCUUCCUACUGUUCGUCUUUAAGGGAUUGAAGUUGUGGUCCUGAUUAUUUAUAUAUAUAUUAACUGUUGUCUUGCACAGAGGAAUCGAGGUCACAGUAGAUUCCUCAUGAUUUCAGUGUGUUCACAUUGUGCAACAGUAAAAUUAACAGAUGUUACUGUAAUAUAUUUUUAAGUCAAAUGAAUCAUGUAGUUUUCAUCAAAUGAUGUGACUGCUGUUACUGUAUUGUGCAAUUAUCCUUUUGUGGUGUCUUCAUUAAUAAUGUGCAAUUUGAAGGUUGAAAACCUACUUGGUAAUAAUACUAUGAAGCUUAUUUAACUAAAUGUGAUGAUUCAAUCAAUGCCUGCGCCAUUAUCAGGUUUUCUACACUAAAAACAAUUUUCUACUCAUGGAUGAAAUGGAAACCUGGCUUUCUUUAUUUGUGUGGUGUGCAGCGAACUGAUCAUCUCUCAGAUGUAUUAAAAAUGUGGACCCUACACUCAGAUAUUCAGAGAAAUUCCAAUCUAUCUUUAGUAUUUUUUAGUAAGGAAGACAAAUCUGGGUGUACCAAAUGUUGAAAUGCAAUCUCAGCUCAAAGCUGUUGGUGUUAAUAUGGGCCGUGACUUCAAAAUGUAAGUCCCCACACAACUGAAAUAUAAUAAAGAUGUGUUAUUUUUAUACACCA